AAUUAAACAGAUAGUUGACUUCCAAUGGUCCCUGAUGUAGUUAGCUUCGGCUUUGAUCUGAAAGGGACAAAAUGAUGAAAAUGUUUCGCUACUAGAGUCUCUUUAAACUGCCUAAAAAACUGACCUUGUAAUUAUUAGAAAUUAUAAUAUCGACUGAAGGUCAUUGCAAACGGUGCCCACGAUUAACGCUCGUGCUGGUGGGCUUGUGGGUCAUGUUAUGAGACUCUAUUCUGGAAAUAUCUUGCGUUUUUGUGGCUAAUCUUUCCUAAGUCUAAAACAUUCUUUUUGGAACUACCAGAUACUUGUUGCUCCACCAUCCGUUGGAUGGGCUAAUGUUCGAUGAGACUGCUGUGCAUGUUAUUGGAGGAGGCAUCGGAGGGACAGUUGGAGCAGUUUUAACUUGUCCGUUAGAAGUUGUCAAAGUUCGCCUACAAUCUUCAAAGGGAAUUGUACUUUCUUCAUCUUCAUUCAGGCCUAACGUCGUCCCAGAUUAUAAUCGCAGUCACCGUUUUUCGCGCAUACGAUGCAUGUUGUAUGGUUUAAAACAAGUUGAUCCUAAACAUUUUCAAAAAUCCAGUCCCAGUCACAAAUCAGGGAUUUCUUCAUGUAUUAGUUCAUCAAACCCUUCAGUUCUCAACAUUCCGACCACAUCUUCCGACUUCUCAAACGUCAAACCUCAUGGACUUCGGCGAUCUCUUAUUCUUCGCUCGUUAAUUGACAUUUUUCGUUAUGAAGGACCCACAGCUCUCUUUAAAGGUCUAGUUCCUACUCUUGUUGGAGUGAUGCCAACACGAGGUAUAUACUUUUGUGCAUAUCAUAAUGGACAGUUAUUCUUUGAAAAAUAUUUCCAGCCUGGUUCUUCAUUUGUUUAUUUAUGUGCUGCUGGAGUUGCAAGCAUAACCGCUUCUUCCUUAACCAAUCCUAUUUGGUUUGUAAAAACAAGGCUUCAAUUAGAUUCACGGCCAGGCCAUACACCUAUUACUGUUUCACAAGUUAUACGUAACACUUGGAAGCAAGAUGGAUUACGUGGCUUCUACCGAGGUGUAAGUGCAUCGUAUUUUGGUUCUCUAGAAACAGCUUUAAACUUCGUUGUAUAUGAAAAUUUUAAAUCAGAACUGCUUUGGAGAGAGCAUAAACGUAAACGUCAAUUAACUCUUAAUAGUUCUGUUCCAAUAUCGGAACAAUCUGUUUACAGUAGUAAUAAUGAUUAUCUGCCUCAAAAAGCAUCGGAUUUUCGUGGUUCAAGUGGCGGAAGUAAAUUAUCUGCUUCAAAAGAUAUGAUCUUGUGUAUGAUUGCUAGUGCUUGUUCUAAAGCAAUCGCUAUUACUGCUCUAUAUCCUCACGAAGUAGCUCGAACUCGUUUACGUGAAGAAACUGGACAAUAUCGAGGAUUUUUUCGUACACUUCAUUUAGUUGGCAAAGAGGAAGGUAUAAGUGGACUUUAUCGUGGUAUGGCAACUCAUUAUAUUCGUCAAGUACCUAAUUCUUGUAUUAUGAUUGGAACUUAUGAAUUCGUUGUCUUUCUGCUACAAUCUUGGGAUUUAACUAAAGACACCAAGGUAUAGUAGUGUAUUGCCUUUAUUCUUCUACUGAUUAAAAUCUUAUAUUCUUUCACUUUUCUCUAUUUGUACAGAAAAAUCAUUAUUAGAAUGAAAAAGAAAUGUGUAUAAUUUCAUUUAAUUUGUUUUUACUCCUUAUAAUCGUGUUACUUUCCAUUAAAAACAAAAUAACAGAACUUAUAGUCUAAAGAAGAAUAUAAGCGAUAGACAGAGUUAUUCAGGACUUUUCUUCCAUUUAAGUUUACUUCUUAUUUAAUUUAUUAUCAUCACUAUUAUUAUUUGUAUACUGUAUUGUGUCAAAUUGUGAUAGUCAAUUGUGAAGAUUGAUUCUCGAUGGGCGAGUAUUUCAUUUCUUUUGUACUUGUUUGUUUAUCUACUCCCUCGCCUUUCAUUGCUUCUUUUUAUCACUUGCUUCCACUGCUAAACGUCAUAUAUGUAUUGAAGAGUACUUUUUAAAAUGUACACAAUAUGCAUUAAUACACCGGCAAAAAAGGUAAACAUACUGAGGCGUGUAGAUGUUGUGUUGUAAAUUUUUAUCUCUAUCAUCACUUCCUUCGUCCUUUUGUCUCUCUCACCCCCAAGAUUAUCACCAUUUAUCUCUUAGUUGUGUUACUAAUCAUCUAUGUUCUCUCAGUUUAUGGUAUUGUAUACUACUGAUUAUUAUUAUUAGUCUCUUCCCUUCUUUUUCCCCUGAUUAUUGUAUACAUGCAUUUUCAUUAAGUUUUGUAAUAAAGUUUGAUCAGGAAAAUAAUCAUUAUAGAUGACAAUCGUUGUCUCCUUUUUUCGGUAUUGAAUAUAGUGCUGUAAAACUAAAAAAGAAGCAGAUCUGUGGCCCAAUGCAAAGUACAAACCAAAUGUUGAUAGACGAUAAAUUUAUUACACAUCAAAAAUAGAUCCAAAACUAUGCCUGAAUACACUAUUCUUCACAUGUUUCCUAUAUACAUUGAUCAAUAAUUAGAUCUUAAUAAAUUGAAGUGGG